UAUACGUCUAUAAGGUAUCUGCUUUUCAUCUCCAUGUAUGUAUGUAUGUGUUUCUGCAUAAAAGACGUUUUAAAAUCAUAAUUUUACAGAAUUAUAAUUGUAUAAUAUGAGGAUUCUAAUGCCGUUCAUCAUCAUCGCAUCAACCUAUGGCGUUAAUAAUAACUUCCUAAAUCUCGUCAAGAAUUACGGUAAUCCAACUGCAGAAGAGAUCGAAUUCGCAACCAAUGCCAAGUACGACUUCAUCGUCGUAGGAGCUGGAUCGGCAGGUUCUGUAUUAGCUAAUCGUCUGUCAGAGAACAAAAGAUGGAAAGUUCUGCUACUAGAAGCGGGAUAUGAGCAAAACUUACUCAAUCAGAUUCCGAUACUAGUCGGUUAUUUCCAAUUGACUGAUUAUAACUGGGGAUAUAAGGUGGAACCUCAGAAGAACGCCUGUUUGGGGAUGAUAAAUCACCAAUGUUCCUGGCCGCGAGGUAAAGCUUUGGGCGGUACGAGUACUUUAUACUACAUGAUUCAUACACGCGGGAACAAAUUGGAUUAUGAUAAAUGGGCUAGUUUGGGCAACGUAGGCUGGUCCUACGCGGAUGUUCUUCCAUAUUUUAAAAAAAGUGAAAGAUUUAAUGUGCCAGGUAUCAAGAAUUCUUCAUAUCACAAUGAAAACGGUUACUUGUGUGUGGAACACGUGCCCUAUCAUACAAAGUUGGCAAUGACGUAUUUAGAAGCUGGUCGAGAAUUGGGAUAUGAAAUUGUGGAUUACAAUGGCCAGGAUCAGAUAGGUUUUUCGUAUCUUCAGGUAAAUAUGGAUCAUGGAACGCGAUGUAGCGCUGCCAAGGCUUAUCUUCAGCUAAAUCGGCCGAACUUGGAAAUCAUCACCGGUGCUAGAGUAACCAAAGUAUUAAUCAAUGCGGACAAACGUGUGUACGGUGUUGAAUAUGUCAAAAACAAUGUGUGGAAGACAGUCAGUUGUUCGAAGGAAGUUUUACUAUCCGCCGGUACGAUUGAUUCAGCCAAAUUGCUAAUGUUAUCAGGAAUUGGACCUAGAGACCAUCUAGAAAAAUUAAACAUACCAGUGAUUCAGGAUUCCAAAGUCGGUUACAACAUGUAUGAACACAUCGGUUUUUUGGGACUGACUUUCAUGGUGAACCAAAGCGUGUCAUUACUGCAGAACAAGCUCAUAAAUCCUAGCGUAUUGUUGGAAUACGUCCUGCAUAAGGAAGGAAUAAUGACGGUUCCAGGAGGUGCCGAAGCACUGGCAUUUAUCAGAACCAAGUACGCUCCUGAUGAGAAACCGGAUGUCGAGCUUCUCUUUAUAUCUGGCUCUCUGCAUUCAGACAAUGGUCAAGUCCUGAAAAAGAGCUUAAGUCUCUCAGACAAUCUGUACAACACUGUCUUCAAGCCCAUCGAAAAUCAGGAAGCCUGGUCGAUCUGGCCAAUUGUUCAAUAUCCUAGAAGCGUCGGUCGUCUUACGUUGCAAUCGAAGGAUCCGUUCGAGCCACCCAAGAUGGAUCCAAACUUUUUCAGUCAUCCGGCUGACAUAGAAAUCAUCCUAGAGGGAAUAAAACACGCUCUCAACAUAUCCAAGACUGAAGCCUUUCAAGCAUACGGCAGUCGAUUACACGACAUAAAAAUACCAGGCUGCGAAUCAUUUGAUUUUGCUUCUGAUGAUUAUUGGCGUUGCGCCAUUAAACAUCUACCAUCCAUGAUGAAUCACGAGAUCGGAACCGCCAAAAUGGGACCCAAGACGGAUGUUUACGCAGUUGUUGAUCCGCAACUAAAAGUGUAUGGUGUUAAGGGACUUAGAGUAGUAGACGCUGCGAUCAUGCCCACGAUACCUUCUGGUCAUACAAAUGCAGCAAUUAUUAUGAUCGGCGAGAAAGCCGCGGAUAUGAUCAAAGAAACUUGGAAAAGCACAUUAUAAGAGAGAUCUGUUCUCUUCUAUGCAAAGAUCAAAAGAAAUUAAAAAAAAAAUAAUUUGAUCAUAGAGAACAAUUAACAAUAAUAACACAGUAAUAGAGAUGGAAGCAAUUGUAACAAUAAGUAUUAAGAUGAGUAGCUCAAUAGUAUCGAGAAGAUUUCAAUUUGCAAAUAAAAAUUCAAGGAUUCCGAAAUAAAAAACAUGGUCCCAUAUACAAGCUUAUGUCGAUUAUUUGUUUAAAUUGUCUGACAAAUAAUGGAAAAUAAUUGGUUGAAUUUCUAAGAUAAAAUCAUCGAGAGAUAAAAAUAAGGGAGUGAAAGGUAGUGGUCCUUGAAUGGAAGUAGUCCUUGAGUGGAAGUGCUCCUUUCAUUUCCUAAAUUAAAGAAGGUAGACCACACAAUAAAU